CUCUCUCUCUCUCUCUCUCUCUCUCUCUCUCUCUCUCUCUCUCUCUCCACCUUGAAUGUUGAUCAAUUCAUAGAAGGAGAAGCUCUCUGCUUUUGUUGCUUCUCUCUUCUCUCAAAUUGAGAAACAGAGAGACAGGGGCAGAGAGAGACGCCAGGAACAGAGUUCCCGGAGAAACAAUCGGCUGAUUCAACCCAAAUCGGGGAACUGUAAAUCAACUCGUGGGUUUUGGUGGGUUUCUCUUAAUUUUUCAGAAUCCGGAGAUAAAAUCUUGAAUUUCCCCCACAAGAUGUUUUGGUUUGGGUGUGACUGUUUCUACUGGAGCAGAGGAUUCUCCGAGCUUGAUUCGGAGCCGUCCGAGCCAAAGCCCUUCUCUCUUCCCUCUCCUCUUCCUCGCUGGCCACAAGGUAAAGGUUUUGCCACUGGAAGAAUAAACCUAGGAGAGAUAGAAGUGGUUAAAAUCACCAAGUUCCACAAACUCUGGAGCUCUGAUUCUUCACACAAAAAAUCAAAAGGUGUAGCAUUUUACAGAGCCGAGGAAGUUCCACAAGGUUUCCACUCCCUUGGUCAUUACUGCCAGCCAACGGAUAAGCCCUUGAGAGGCUAUAUACUCGCCGCUCGCGCUAGCAAACCCACCAAAACCGAUGAUCCACCACCCCUGAAGAAGCCUGUGGGUUACACUUUAGUUUCGAGUGUAGAUGGUGGUGGUUACUUCUGGCUACCUAACCCUCCUGCUGGUUACAAAGCAAUGGGAGUCAUAGUAACAGACAAGCCAAAGGAGCCUGAAACGGAAGAGGUUAGAUGCGUAAGAGAGGAUCUCACCGAGAGCUGUGAAACCUCUGAGAUGAUACUUUCCAAGAAGUCAAACCCUUUUAGCGUAUGGACCGUGCAGCCUUGCGAGAGAGGGAUGAGGGCACAAGGAGUCUCCGUUGGGACAUUCUUCUGCUGCACUUACGAACUAUCAUCUCAUGAAACGGUCCGUGACAUCGCCUGCUUAAAGAAUCUUGAUCCGACCUUACACGCAAUGCCGAACCUCAACCAAGUCCAUGCUGUUAUCCAACACUACGGACCAACGGUCUACUUCCACCCUGAAGAGACUUACAUGCCUUCAUCAGUACAAUGGUUCUUUAAAAACGGAGCUUUACUAUACCCACAAGGCGAACCGAUCAGCUCCACAGGGUCGAACCUACCUUCCGGAGGAAGCAAUGAUCUGGAGUAUUGGAUCGAUCUCCCUGAAGAAGAAGAAGCUAAGAGCAAUCUCAAAAGAGGAAACCUCGAGAGCGCUGAGCUUUACGUCCAUGUGAAGCCAGCGCUCGGUGGAACGUUCACUGACAUUGUAAUGUGGAUCUUCUGCCCAUUCAACGGCCCUGCAACGCUCAAGAUUGGUCUCUUCACUUUACCUAUGACGAGAAUAGGAGAGCACGUGGGGGACUGGGAGCAUUUCACUUUCCGAGUGUGUAACUUCUCCGGGGAGCUUUGGCAGAUGUUCUUCUCUCAGCACAGCGGCGGAGGGUGGGUGGAUGCGUCUGAGAUAGAGUUUGUUAAAGGUAACAAACCUGCGGUUUACUCGUCUAAGCACGGACACGCUAGCUUCCCUCACCCGGGAAUGUAUCUACAAGGCUUGUCCAAGUUUGGGAUUGGUGUGAGGAACGAUGUUGCGAAGAGUGAGUACGUUGUGGAGUCUAGCGAGAGGUAUGUGGUUGUAGCGGCUGAGUAUUUAGGAGGUGGUGUGGAUGAGCCGUGUUGGUUGCAGUAUAUGAGAGAGUGGGGGCCGGUGAUAGAGUAUGAUUCAGGGUCUGAGAUUAGUAAGAUUAUGGAUCUUCUUCCUUUGGUUGUUAGGUUCUCGGUUGAGAACAUUGUGGAUUUGUUUCCUGUUGCUCUUUACGGAGAGGAAGGUCCCACGGGGCCUAAGGAGAAGGAUAACUGGGAAGGAGAUGAGCUUUGUUGAAAGAAGAAGGCAUAUUUGUUCGGUGUGAAUCUUUGCUACUUGUGUUGUGUUGUGUAUGAUGAUGAUGUUAAAAGUAUCACUACUUUGUUGUUUUGUUUCUAUACAAACUUCAUAUACAUGAGUGGCAGGUUGCUAUAUUCUAACAUUGUCACAUGUUGUGUCAUUGAACAGGUUCAUAGAUUA